UCUCUCUCUCUCUCUAUAUCAUCCACCGCCACACACUAACCCACUUUUUCUCCCUAAAUGCAAAAUUCUAAUGUAGAGAGCAGCAACUCUGUGUGCAACUCCAUCGAUUCCGAUGCCCCGCUCUCCGUCAGCAGCCCAUUCGCCGCCGGCGAAGUCGACAUAUCUUUCAUCUGAGUUCUAGGGUUUUUCAUUCGGUACAUCAAUUGGGAACGCUCCUUUCAAUCGAAUUCUGAAGACAAAGAAAGCAUAGUUAUAGAAACUUAAUAUCCUGAAGUAUAGAUAAGGUGCUCUAUUUCCGGCUUUGUUUGUGAUCGGAGGUAAACAUACGCAAAGGAGACCCUUGUGCGGGAGAGUAGUAUAUCUAGGGUUUUGAUAGAAUCAAGGAAUGGCUCCAGGUCGUAAACGUGGAGCUAAAGGAGUGAAGUCGAUGAGCGAGUUGAGUCUGGGUGAUCUGGUCCUUGCUAAGGUUAAAGGCUUCCCUGCUUGGCCUGCUAAGAUUAGCAAACCAGAAGAUUGGGCUCGAGCUCCUGAUCCCAAAAAAUAUUUUGUCCAGUUCUUUGGUACACAGGAAAUAGCAUUUGUCGCCCCAGCAGAUAUUACGGCAUUUACCAUCGAUGUUAAAAAUAAAGUGUCUGCUCGAUGUCAGGGCAAAACAGUAAAACAUUUUGCCCAAGCAGUGAGGCAAAUCUGUGAAGAAUUUGAAGGGUUACAGCAGAAAGAUUCCAGUGUUUCAGGAGAUGAGGCUUAUAAAACAGCUCCAGGCUGUGGAAUAGCUUCUGUUGAAAGAGUGUCUGCUGCUACCGAGUUGGACCAAAUGGACGGGGAUAAGAAGUCUAAGAAAGAAACAGAUAUCAAAAGCUUUGUAGAGGGAUCUGGGCUAGAGCGCUGCUCGAUGACUAAAGAUGACACUGCUGAUAUAGUUUCACAUGAUUCAGAGGGUAAUUUGCCUCCAUCAAUUUCAUCUUUAAAGGUGAUAUCAAUUCACAGUGGGAUUUCUAAUUCAGGAAAGGAGUUGGCUUCAUUGCCUAAUCCAGAAGGCACAAGUGAGGACAACAGAGAUCCCGAGGAGCGUGAGAAGCAAUUGAUCCACAAGGAGAACUUGAGAACUGCUGAGAGGAGUCAUUUUCCUGAUGCAGAUUUUCCUCCUCCUACAUCAUCUAAUGACGUGAAGCAGCUUGAUGGUGGUCGGAAGCAGCUGACAAAUGGACACAAAGCAAAGCUGGCGAAGAAGAAAGCUGGGGGUGGACAUGAAAUGCAAAGAAUUAGUGAUAUUACCAGUGAUCCAACUGUUAAAAAAGCAAGUGCCAAAAAAUUAGUGCCUGAGGUUAAGUCAGGUACCGAUGGUAGGAAAAAGAUAAAAAGAGAGGACGAUAGAAAACCUGAGACGGUGGAUGCUGCUCCCGGCCAUAUUGAGGAGAACAAAUUUCAGUUGUCUAGCAAGAAAUUGAAAGUUGAACCUGGACUGAUGUUGCGACGCAAUGAAAUAGCAGAUCCUUCUAAGAAGAUCAAAUGUGCUGAUGGGGCAAUGGAUGCUGUUAUGGCGAGCAAAAUUUAUGAUGAGGCUAAAGUGGUGAAAUCAGAGGUUAAAAAAUCAAUACCACUGGGAAAAGCCGAGGAUCACACUUCGCUGAAAUUGCAUGAAGGUGCUAUUGGUUCAAAUAAUUGUGGUGAAGAAGAUAUUCUCCCACCAUCAAAGCGCCAUCGGCGGGCAAUGGAGGCUAUGUCUAGUUCCUCUCCUGUUCCUCAACUUCCUACUAAGCGGAGAGCUGUCCGUUUGUGUGUGGAUAAUGAAACUGAAGAGCCCAAAACUCCAAUUCAUGGAGGAUCUAUUAAGAGGGAUGCUAUUUCUCGCGUCCCCAAUUCGGUGAAGAAGCCUGACCUAUCUAUUGGAACAUCUAGUAAUGACCAACCGAGUGUGAAAGACUCGGGCACGGUUGAUGAUAGCUCUAUCAAGGAGCAUGCACCAUCUGUCAGAUUACACAAAGAACUCUCUGGGCGUGUUUCUCAGAAAAAUGUGGAGAAGAAGCGUAUACCUACUGAUACAAGUGUUUCAUGUAGUCCUGGGAAAUUUGGAACUCCAAAAACAACUUCUAGGGAAGGUCAAACUGAUACUAUAUCGCCCAAAAAGUCCCCUGGGUUCACUGUCAAACCAGUCUCAGAGCCACAAAAAGGUGCUAAACUACCUGGUAAACCUCAGGGUGAUCAUAAAAAAUGGGUAGCUGAAUCUGAUACUGGCUAUAUUAUUGCUGCUGAUAACUUAAAUCCUCCUCGUGAUCAACCUAUUAAUGAAAGAAGUAAGAUAAUUUCUACCAAUGAAAGGAAAAAAACAACCCCAAAGUCUAGUUCCUUGAUGACUGAACCCGCUCAUGUGCCUGGUAAUCCUGUUGAAAGCAUGUCUACACGGUUUGAAAGCAGGCUUGAAGCUUUGAGAGAUGAGAAGCUUAAUGCUUUGAGAGAUGAGAAGCUUAAUGCUUUGAUAGAUUCCAAAGUUCUAGACCAGGAUAUGUCCAUGAAGCAUCUUAUAGCAGCUGCCCAGGCUAAAAGGCGGCAAGCUCACUUGCAGAGCAUUCAUGGUAAUACCCUUGCUGCUGUGGCCCCCUAUGCUGAACCACAGGGAGGGAGCCCCCAUCCAGCUCUUGGUUCUCAACCAUUAAGCUCUGGCAUGCUGCAUCCUGAAAUACAAGUUCUAUUUUCUCGCUCAUCUCCUUUAUCUGAGAUUCGGCAGUUUUCAUCGAUAAAUCCACCUGAGCCUGAAGAAAAUGAGGAGAAGAGAGUAAUUUCAGGCCUGGGGGCCUCUGGGGGCUCACUCAGUGGUGGCACUGAGGCAGCUGUUGCUCGUGAUGCUUUUGAAGGAAUGAUAGAAACAUUAUCACGGACCAAAGAGAGUAUCGGACGUGCAACCCGUCUAGCAAUUGAUUGUGCAAAGUAUGGCAUUGCUAAUGAGGUCGUUGAACUUCUUACCUGGAAGUUGGAAAAUGAACCUAGCUUUCAUCGCAGGGUGGACCUGUUUUUUUUGGUGGAUUCUAUAACUCAGUGCUCUCAUAGUCAUAAAGGCAUUGCAGGAGCAUCAUAUAUUCCUGCUGUUCAAGCGGCAUUACCUCGUCUUUUGGGAGCUGCUGCUCCACCAGGAGUGGGUUCCAGGGAAAACCGUCGUCAAUGUCUCAAGGUUUUGCGAUUAUGGCUUGAGAGGAAAAUAUAUCCUGAUUCUCUUCUUCGCCGUCAUAUGGAUGAUAUUGGUACGUUGAAUGAUGAUUCGUCUGGUGGUUUGUCCUUUAGACGACCAUCUCGAGCUGAGCGUGCUAUUGAUGAUCCUAUUAGAGAGAUGGAAGGCAUGCUUGUUGAUGAGUACGGCAGCAAUGCUACAUUUCAGUUGCCUGGAUUUUUAUCUUCUCACGUUUUUGAUGAGGAGGAGGAAGAAGAAGAUGUUCUUCGUAAUUUGCAAAACGAAGCUGCUGAGGAAUUAGCAAUAGAGCAUACACCUGCAACAGGUGAUAAUGCUGAAAGAUAUAUGGUCACUCCUAGUGACAGGCGUCAUUGUAUCUUGGAGGAUGUGGAUGGCGAGCUUGAAAUGGAAGAUGUUUCUGGUCACCCAAAAGAUGAAAGACCUUUGUUUGCAGAUGAUGUGAACCAGUCUGGCUCAGAUCGAACCAUGGAAUCAGCUUUAGAUAAUAUAUCUGAUUUGCCGCCUCUACCUAUGGGAUCCCCACCAUUACCUCCUUGUUCUCCUCCACCCACCCCACCUUUGCCUUCCUCUCCGCCUCCAUCACCGGCACCACCUCCACCUCCAUUAUCUCCAUUGCCACCUCCACCACCACCACCACCCCCACUUCCUCCAUCACAACCCCCACUACCUCCAUCUCAGCCACAUCCAUUCCCUCCACUGCCUGCUGGACCACCUCCUCUCAUGUUCCCUCAACCUUCUUUCCCACUCCAACAUGAAGUAGGGACACAACACUUGCACACUCUCACUCCAUCAGUACCAUCGCCAUCACCUGUAGUGGCAUAUACACAACCUCCUCUUCCAAACGAAGUUAGUAACAUACCCAGUGGUCAUCGGCUACCACAGGUAGCUGGAAACAUGCCUCAUGGUCCUCGUAUCAAUGCUUCUAAUAGGAAUGAGGUAUUCCCAUUGCAACCACCUUCUUUUACACCAGCAGGAGUUAGUAAUUUGCGGGAAUCUUCUGGAUAUAGUUCACGGCCUUUGGAAUAUGCUUAUAACGAUGCAUAUAUAAACCCACCAGUUUCUCAGUCCACACAGAAAUUUCAACCUGGUAAUGUGACUUUUGCCCCAAGGCCCAUGCAUCUUAACCCUCCACAUCAAAUCCCCUCCAAUAGUUUUUCGUAUCCAAGGGCGCCAGUGCAGCAACAUCCACAACAAGCAUAUCCUACACCGUGCUCAUUACCAGAGCGCCCUGAUGGAUCGAGGCGUUAUAUUGGUGAUGAACAGUGGAGGGUUCAACCCAAUGAGUUCAAUGGUGACCACCAGCGCAGUAUGUGGAUUGGUGCAGGAAGAUCAUGCCCUGGUCCAACUAUUGCUCAAGAAGGUUAUUUCAGACCGCCUGAUAGACCACCUGUGAGUAAUGUUGGAUUCCAGCCUUCUGGGUCAAAUGCUUUCCCUACUGGUCCUCCAAUUUCAGGUCAUGGAAUGCCUUGCCGACCGGACGUAACUGUCCUCAACUGGAGGCCAGCAUGAGGGCCAUUGACAGUUGGCUUUGAUCAUCGUAUCUAAUGGUGGCUCAAGUAGGAUACAGGACUGACAUCUGGAAAAAAGACAGUAAUUAGAGCAAUUGCUGUAAAGUUGGGUGACCCUUGGCAGGAUUUUGUACUAUUGUAAUUUUCCUGACAAAUGCAUUUCACAGACACAUACUUAACAAAGUGUAUUACGGAAGAUAGCUAGUCAGCAUGCAACAUUGUAGCCCUUUAUUGGUCAGCAGUACAAUAAUAUCUAAUUGAUCCUGGCAGAUUGUUCUGCUGCAAAAUUCUGAGGAUGUUAUUCAUUGAGACAGUGGUAACUUUUGGGUUAUUUGUUGAAUUUGGAGUGCUCCGACUCAUUCUCAGUGCUGUUGAGGUGCCUAAACAUUUAAUCAUAAGCUGACAGUCUGAUGAUCUGUGCUUAUCUUGAAAGAACAUGAAACAUGGAUUUAACUAUUAAAGAUCAUGAAUUCUGAUGAAGAUGAAGGACCCCAGGAGAGUUGAGAAAGGAGAGAAGUUAAGGUUGGUGUGGAUGGUGGGAAAGCAAAUUGGAGAGUAUUUCAUCUGUCUUGACCUACUUAAAAAACGAAAAGAUUUGUUGGGCUAGAAAAUUUACUGUUUCGUGGUGGUUGUUGAAGAUUAGCUUCUUGAAAGCUUUACCAGAGGUUUCCUGGAAAUUAAUCU